CAGUGAACGUACAUAUCUGUACAUAAACUGUAUUUCUUUCUUUAUUUCUUAAAUAUCACAAUUACUUUCCCAAAUAAGGAGUACAUAAAAUAGGAUGUAUGCUUUUCAGCAACAACUGCCUCACAAAUGCAAUUGUUUUUCAUCGAGCUGCAUUUAAUGGCGAUCAUUAUGCACGGCUUUUUGGCGCCAGCAUUACGUCACGUGGAGUACGUGAAUCGAGCUCGUGUUCCGCGAAACGUGUCAGUGACGCGUAUGAACGGAGAGAAAUGACGGAGCGGUUUAACCGGAGACUGAGGCGGCUGCGGGAGCACCACGCGAUCUGUGAGCAGAGACACCGGAGAAACAGCGCGAAGGACGGAAUGAAAACUUCACAUCAAGAUGGACAGAAGAGGGAUGAGGAGGAUCUGGAUGGACAGAAGAGGGAUGAGGAGGAUCUGGAUGGACAGAAGAGGGAUGAGGAGGAUCUGGAUGGACAGAAGAGGGAUGAGGAGGAUCUGGAUGGACAGAAGAGGGAUGAGGAGGAUCUGGAUGGACAGAAGAGGAAUGAAGAGGAUCUGGAUGGACAGAAGAGGGAUGAGGAAGAUCUGGAUGGACAGAAGAGGGAUGAGGAGGACCAAGACGGACAAAAUGACUUCAUCCAGGAAAUUUGUAUAGAGGAGCAAUCGAACCAGGGCAACAAGGACUGGAGUGAUCUGGAUGAGAGCGAAGGCUCAGUCUUUGUUCCUUCAGUGGAGGAGUCUACUGAUGAAGAAGACCUCGAUUCAGAAGAGUCCCCGAUUGAAAAGACCAUUCGAAAGACUGUAAAAGACACAAUAUUUAAUACAUUUGAAGAAGUCAAGAAGGCAAAGCAAAAAACUCCAAGAAAGAAGGCUAAGCAAAAAAGUCCAAGAAAAAUGACAAUCAAAACAAGUCAGCGAGAUCCUAAAGGCAAACGAACGUGGAACAAAAAACAGUACUGUGUCUUCUGUGAAAAGGCACAAAGCAAGCUUGCUAGACAUCUUGAAAGAAGUCAUUCCAAUGAAACAGAAGUUGCUAAAGCCUUUAGUUUUCCCAAACGUUCAAAGGAACGCAGGAUUCUUCUGGAACAGCUCCGGAACCAGGGUAAUUAUUAUCAUAACAUCAAAGUCUUGGAGACCGGACGUGGAGAGAUCAUUACCUGGAGACAACCGACUGAAGAUGCAGACAUUUCUGAGUUCCUUCCCUGCCCGGAUUGUCUGGCCUUCUUCAUGAAGAAAGACCUGUGGAAACACUCCAAGACGUGUCGAGGACAGCGGGAUGUGAAGAGAAGCAGAGGAGAGCGUGUGAGAUCAGCUGCAGUCUGUCUGAUACCAACACCUGCACAGUGCUCUGCUGGGAUCAGCUCUCUCCUACAAGCUAUGAGACAAGAUGAAAUCUCAGAAACAAUCAUGAAGGACAGUUUGAUCUGUCUCUACGGUGAAUCACUUUAUACAAAGUGCGGUCAUGAUAAGUCACAGCAUCAGUAUAUCAUUCAAAAGAUGAGAGAGCUGGCCAGGUUUAUGAUCGAAGUAAAGUCCAGAUCCAGAGAAGUGAGUAACCUUACACAGCUCUGUAACCCUGAGAACUUUCUCCUAGCCAUCGCCGCUUGUAAAGAAGUCAGCAGCUAUCAACCAGAUUUAAAUACGUUUAAAACCCCGUCCCUCGCUCUGAAGAUCGGAUACUCGCUGAAGAAAGCCUGUCAGCUCAGUUUGGGACAGAGUUUAAUGGCAGGGGACAGAGACGCUGAGAAGAAGCUGAAAAACUUCAUCAAGCUCAUUGACAGUCAUUGGCGUACCAACAUUUCGAGUCAAGCCCUCAACACCUUGCAGCAGAGCAAGUGGAACAAGGGAGACACCAUCCCUCUCACAGAAGAUGUUGUGGCUCUACAAAAGCAUCUCAAGAGUGUGGAGCAGGUCUCAAAAGACAAACUCAAAGAGAACGUGAAUGGCGCCGAGUGGAAAAUCUUGGCUGAGACGUUACUCUGUCAAAUAAUUCUUUUUAAUCGGAGACGUGAAGGUGAGGCAUCCAAACUGCUCCUUGCAUCAUACGUGAAUCGAAACGUGAAGCCUCCUAAUGAAGAUGUGGUCAAAUCUCUGACUAAAUUAGAGCGGGAGCUGUGCAAUGAGCUGACUCGAUUAGAGAUCCGAGGGAAGAGAGGUAAGAAAGUGCCUGUCCUGCUGACCAAGGACAUGCUGGAGUCCAUGGACCUGCUGAAUGAAAGCAGGAGCACAGUGGGCAUCAGCGAAGCCAAUCCUUACGUCUUUGCAAGACUGGGGGCUUUAACGCACAUCCGCGGAUCAGACUGUUUGAGAAAGUUUUCCAAAACGUGUGGCGCAAAAGACCCCAGGAGCCUUACGUCGACCAAAUUAAGGAAACAAAUAGCUACUCUGAGUCAGAUCAUGAAUUUAAAAAACAAUGAACUCGACCAAUUGGCCAAAUUCCUGGGACACGACAUUAGAGUGCACCGCGAGUAUUACAGACUGUCCGAGAAUACAAUCCAACUCGCUAAAGUUAGCAAGCUGCUUUUGUCUCUAGAAAAGGGAUCUGACUGUUACAAAGGAAGAUCUUUGGAAGAGAUUACAUUUAGUACAGAGGAGACUGAAAAUGACAGAAGCGCUGCUUCCGGAGGCCUGCGAGAGCAUGAAUGCAGAACCACAGAAGAAGAUGCUUCAGAGAAAGAUGAAGAACCCUCUACCUCAGUAAAGACAGUUAAGCGAAAGCUUCGCGUCACAGAAACUGACGGUUUACAGAAAGAAGAUGAAGAACUCUCUACCUCAGUAAAGACAGUCAAGCGAAAGCGUCGCGUCACAGAAACUGUCGCCUCAGAGAAAGAUGAACAACCCUCUUCCUCAGUAAAGACAGUCAAGCGCAAGCGUCGCGUCACAGAAACUGACGCUUCAGAGAAUGAUGAUCAACCCUCUACCUCAGGAAAGACAGUCAAGCGCUCUCCUCCAGACAAUCAACACAUUAUAGAGAUGUUCUCAGGAAAGAAAGCUCCUAAGAGACCAUGGAGCAGUGAAGAGCAGAGCGCUGUGAAGAGGACUCUCACAACAUGCUUUUCCUUAAGGAAGCUUCCUGGAAAAGCCGAAUGUCAAUCAUGUCUAGAUGCUAAUCCAGUACUGAGCUCAAGAUCAUGGCUUGAUGUUAAAAACUUUGUCCAUAACAAUCUUCAGGCUAUGAAAAGGAAACUUGCUUCUUGCAGGAAUGCUGUCUAAUUUCCUUCCAGAGUAUCAGUCUAUCAGUUUUUUCUCUCGGUUGAGUACUUCACGCACGUUUCUCUUUUCAGAGUAAGCACUUUACCGUUUUCUUUUGUUGGAGAAAUAUAAAUCUUUUGGAUUUUGUAUAAACUCAAGGCACUUUACUUAUAUUUCCUUUCUGAGAGGAAGCAUGCACUUUAUAUUACUUUGAUUUUAUUCAAAAUAUAAAAUAUUUCUAUUUCUCCAAUAGUGCAUUUCAUUCCUUAAGUGGAAGUAAGCACUUUAUUAAGUCUCUAUAUAUUGACUGCUAAUCAUUUCUUUUUCUUUCUUUUUUUCAUAAGUAUACGCACUUUAUUUACAGUUUUUUAGAAGUCAUUUUUUCAUUUUGAAGAUCUGCACAGUGGUCAGUGCACUCUUUCGUUGUGUCAUUCGUUUGUUUUAAGUCUGCCUGAGUUUAGUUGAGUUUCUGUGGUUCUGUUGAGUUACUCUGUCUGUAUCUGGUGUAGUCCACCGCCUGGUCUCUGUGACUGAGGCUUGUGUUCAAUCCCAUCAUGCUCUUACUCAACCUCCGAGUGUGUGAUAGUCACCAAAUAAAGGGCUGCUUUUCUCUUGCAGAAUCAAAACUGUUGUUCUUGUGUACAUAGAUCUACACAAAUUUCAAUAGCAUUUUUUAAAUCUCACAGGAACUGAGGUAAUCCUGUAGGAAUGAACCCUUUAUUAUAGGGUAGUCGAAGUCUUAAAUUAAACCCAAACUUUCUUAUUUUCUCUACAGUCCAAAGCAGUUUAUGUGAUGAAAAGAUGCUGAAAAUGCAUCUUUAAUCAAAGCAAUAAAUAACAUUUUACUGUACAUUAUUCAAUUUAAGAUUA